GGAUAAAGAUGGCGACUUACUGAAGCGCUCCAUGCUUUAUUGUUGAUAGAACAGUAUAUUGUUAUUUUACCGGAAAAUCUCACACCGGAAUCGAAAAAAAAAUGUCAAGGUUAAUAGUCAAGAAUCUCCCAAAUGGGAUGAAGGAAGACCGUUUCCGUAAAAUGUUUGCGGAUUUUGGGACGCUUACAGAUUGUACGCUGAAAUUCACCAAAGAUGGCAAAUUUCGCAAAUUUGGAUUCGUAGGCUUCAAGACAGAAGAGGAUGCAGAGAAAGCAAUGAAACAUUUCAACAAGAGCUUUGUGGAUACAUCUAGAGUUACUGUGGAAUUCUGCACUGAUUUUGGAGACCCAAACAAAGCCAGACCUUGGAGCAAACACACACGCCAACCAUCAAACAAAGUUACAGAAGAACAAAAAUCACGUGAACAAGGAGAAAAAGACGAAAAGAAGCAGAAGAAGCCUUUGAAUGUUCUUGGAGAUCUUGAAAAAGACCAGAGCUUCCAGGAGUUCCUCGCUGUGCACCAGAAACGCACACAGGUGCCCACUUGGGCCAAUGACUCUACGGAAGCGACUUCUGUUGGGGCUGAUAAGAAGAAGAAGAAGAAGAAGGAGGAGGAGGAGGAGGAGGAGGAAGAGGAGUCCCCGGCCCAAAACAUAGACAGUGCUUAUGAGAGUGGUGAUAAGACAAGCAGCCAGAAAAGCACAAAACCAGCAGCUCAGAACAUGAUUGAGCCGAGCACAGAGUUCACAGUCAAGCUACGAGGUGCCCCAUUCAACGUCAAAGAGCAACAAGUGAGAGAAUUUAUGGUGCCUUUAAAACCUGUUGCCAUUCGAUUUGGUAAAAACAGUGACGGACGCAAAUCAGGUUAUGUGUAUGUGGACCUGCACUCAGAGGCAGAGGUCGAGAGAGCCCUGCGCUUUAACAAAGACUACAUGGGGGGACGCUAUAUUGAAGUGUUCAGAACCAAAAACUUUACAAAUGAUAGGUCUGCAAAGAGAAUUGAGAAGGAAAGAAAGUUUGUGCACGAGCUGAGGGACGAUGAGGAAGAGGAAGACGUGGCGGAAUCAGGAAGACUUUUUGUCAGGAACCUGCCCUACACCUGCACCGAAGAAGAACUGAAAGAAGUCUUCAUCAAAUAUGGUCCUCUUUCUGAGGUGCUUUUUCCCAUAGACAGUCUGACUAAGAAGCCCAAGGGCUUUGCCUUUGUGACAUACAUGAUACCAGAGAACGCAGUCUCAGCCUUGGCUCAACUGGAUGGCCACGUAUUCCAGGGGCGGGUUCUGCACGUCAUGGCUUCAAGGCUGAAGAAGGAAAAGCCAGAUCAAGGGCCCAAUGCUCCAGGCAGCUCCUCGUAUAAGAGGCAGAAAGAUGCCAAAGACAAAGCCGCCAGUCGCAGCUCUCAUAACUGGAACACGUUGUUUUUGGGCACGAGUGCAGUAGCCGAUGCCAUCGCUGAGAAAUACAACACGACCAAGAGCCAAGUGUUAGAUCACGAGUCUGAUGGGAGUCUGGCUGUGAGGAUGGCCCUCGGAGAGACACAGAUCGUACAAGAGACCAGACAGUUUCUCCUGGACAGUGGAGUGUCUCUGGACUCAUUCAGUCAGGCAGCAGGCCAGCGCAGUAACUCUGUGAUCCUGGUGAAGAACUUGCCCUCAGGAGUGCAGGUCGCAGAGCUGGAGGCUCUGUUCUCACCCCAUGGAUCUCUAGGAAGAGUUCUGCUGCCCCCAUCUGGCCUCACUGCCAUAGUGGAGUUCCUGGAGCCCACCGAAGCCAAGCGGGCCUUCAUGAAACUUGCAUACACCAAGUUCCAGCAUGUUCCGUUGUAUCUGGAGUGGGCUCCUGUAGCAGUCUUUACAACUCCCACAGCACCUAAACCAGAGGCUCAAAAAAAAGAUACAUCUGCUGAGAACAAUGACUCGGCCAGAAAGGAAGAAGAGGAGGAGGAGGAGGAGGAGGAAGAGGAAGAGCUAAUAUUGCCCGGCUCAACUCUCUUCAUUAAAAACCUCAACUUCAAGACAUCAGAGGAAGCAUUACGGGAGACGUUUUCUAAAUGUGGUGUGGUGAAAAGCUGCACAAUAUCAAAGAAGAAAGCUAAAGCAGGUAAAUUGUUAUCAAUGGGUUAUGGCUUUGUGCAGUACAAAACUCCAGAGGCAGCACAGAAAGCCAUGAGACAGCUGCAGCACUGUAAAGUAGAUGAACACCAGCUUGAGCUGAAAAUAUCAGAAAGAGAAGUCAAGUCAGGCGUGCCUCAAUCCAAGAGGGAAAAGCAAACUGCCAGGAAGCAGACGACCUCUAAGAUCCUGGUGCGAAACAUCCCCUUCCAGGCAACAGUUAAAGAACUGCGAGAACUCUUCUGCACGUUUGGAGAGCUGAAGACAGUCCGCCUGCCAAAGAAAGGGAUCAGUGGAGCCCACCGUGGUUUUGGCUUCAUUGACUUCCUUACUAAACAAGAUGCCAAGAAAGCGUUCACAGCGCUGUGUCACAGUACCCAUCUUUACGGCAGGAGGCUGGUGUUGGAGUGGGCGGAUGCAGAGGAGACUGUGGACGACCUGAGACGGAAAACCGCACAACAUUUUCAUGAUGCUCCUAAGAAGCAGAGGAAGGCGGAGGUGUUAGAGGGAAUCUUGGAGCAGAUGGAGGUCGGGGAGGAAGACGGGGAGUGAAUAGCAGCCGUCAGUCACCUCCAGCAUCUAUAAGAGAGUAAAUCAUCCAGUGGAACUCCAUUGAUCUCUAUUAUGACUCCGUCUUAACAGCUGCUUCAUGGUUUCUUCAGGAAUUCUUCCUUUUGGCCCCAGAUGCUCCCAAUUAGCUUUUUAUUAUAUACUCAUACAUCAUCUCUGUUAUUGCUGUCAGUGUAUUAAACACAGCGUCUCCCCGCAGACCAACUCUGGCUGAAGGUGAACUCGACGACGGACUCCUUUUGAAAAAUAUGCUUUAAGGCCAAGUUUGCUUUGUGAUGAUUAAAACAUCUAAAGUGCCGAGACGUUUCAUACUCUGCUGUGACACGGCUGCCAUUGAAUAGUGACUGACCAAAAUACCAGUAGCUGAAAAUAAAACUGGAAAUGUUUCCUUCAACAUAAUUUUGUGACAUAAAAUGUGUCUAUUGUAGUCUGUUCCUGACUAACAAUAAAUAAUUGCAAAAAAAAUAUAUAUUUUUUGCAUUGUAUAACAGUCUUUUUCAGUGUAUGUCUCCACAAUCUGAACACCAGUCAGCGUUGCAUUCAAGAAAUGACAAGUGCUUUCAUAUUUUUGGGAUCAUACUGUAUUUAUUGAUGUGACAAUAACUAAUUUUGUCUGGAAAUGUUCCUAUCUUAGGGUAGUAAUUACACUAGAAAGCUCACUUUGUAAAAUGUGCUAUUUGUACAGUCGAGGUCAAAACAGUCUUGGUCUAGUCUACACAGAGGAUGCCUUUCACACCACAUAGUGGACAUUCUAGUGUACUGCAUCACAACUGCAUGAUAUCAUGUGGCUUCAAAUCAACCUGUAAUGUUAUCUGUUGUGAAAUAUGGAAUUUGCUUGGUCAUUUGUUUUCGGUUUGAUUAAAGGGUUCGUUCAUCCAAAAAUGAAAUUCUGUCUUUUAUAUG